AUGAAGUACCAUCUGUCUUUCGUCGCUUUCAUGGCCAUCGGCCUUGCCGCCGCACAAGGCAUUCGGGGCGAAGUUCGCAUUGAGAAGAAAAGAUCGGAGUCAGAUCUAUAUUCCGUUCCCGUCCCCGACUCAGUGCACGUAGAGUCCUACCCUGCGAUCCCACCGCCUGUAGAGCCUACCGACAUCAGCUCCGACAUCAGCUCCGACGACUCGUGCUCCACGGCCCUCACCACCAUCACGACUACGCGUACCGUCUCAGUCAUCACGCAAAUCCCUUCCAGCCUCGCUAGUGUCACCGGUACUGUCGAUCUGAGCUCCUCCAUGCCUUCUCAGUCAGCACCUUUGACGAGCGAGACUGGCGGCAUAGAACUCACUACUUGGCUUGCGCCCCAGCCACCGAGCGGUACGGCAACAGAUUUCGUGCCCGCCCCGAGCAGUGCUGCGCCUCCGUAUGCUCCUGCUCCUACUGCUAGUGAUACAACGACUGCGACUGUUAUUAUUGAACCGACCCCGUCCACGUCGAGUGCUUCGGAGCUGCCGGGGGUUACGGAUGCUGCUGGGACGGUCGGGGUGCCGGUGGUUGUUGUCGGGGUUCUUGGGUGGGCUGCUUUGGUGCUGUAG